AUGGCCGAUGACAAGAAGAGCAACCCGAAUGACUCAUCCAGGCCAUUGAAGAACAUACAGAAUGUAGCGGAAAAGCCGGAGAAUGCUGCCACAAGCUAUGGGCUCGAGGGUCAUGAGGCGACCGCCCUGGAUCCGCGGGUGCACGAGCUGAAGAACCAACGCUCCCAACAUAGGCGUGUGUCGAUGGUACCACCAAAACCAGCGCCAACCCCAAAGGUAGUCUCUGCAAGCCCGAGCACACAAAGGGCGGAUCGAUUUUCAUCAGCGUCGCGCGACAAGCUUCCAAUAGAUAAUGUGGAGCGAGUUGAGCAAAUCUCCGUCUAUAAUAUUCCCACGCCGGAAAAGUCGACGGUGGUGACGAAUCCAGUCCCAGUCGUGCCUGUUAAACCGGCCGAAGAGCCGGUAGGAAAGAUGUCGCCAACACGACUACAAGAGGAAGCCUCUCGAGUCGAAGCAGCUCACGAGACGCCUCAAACGAUCACCGUUUACAAUCCACCCCCAGUUCAAGCUGUGGCGUAUAAAAGCCCCAAGGAAAAGUCCGAAGGAGUAACGAAAAAUGUCAAUACGGAUAUUACUUUCGAUCCAUCGAAACAGUAUGCAUCCAAGACAACAAACACUUCGGGCAUGCUCUAUGAGAAUACACCAUCCACACCAUCCCCACCACCACAAGCAGCAGCAGCAUCACCACCACCACCAGCUCCAAUACCAGGCUCGGCAGCUCCGAAGAAGUCUAAGCAGGAAAUGGAUGAAAUGUAUGAAUUGGCUGUUUCGUUGGUCAGGAAGGCGGGUCCCAUUGCCUUGUCGGCAAGUAAGGCGCGGCCUGGGGGUGGCAAUAAGGACAAUGAAACGAAUACCAUCACGCAGGUAUCCAGCGAUAUUGAGGAAAGGAUAACCAGAGGAAUUAAAGAUAAUUAUCCAGAGCACAAGAUCGUCAGCGCGGGAGUGGUAGCUAGGUCAACAUCCCAGAAAGUGAUACUCACCAACGAGCUGACGUGGGUCAUCAACCCAAUUGACGGUGUCAUGAACCACGCGCAUGGCUUCCCCUACUAUUGCAUCACACUUGCGCUGAUUAUGAAUAAAGAAACCGCAUUUGGCAUUGUAUUUAAUCCGGCCUUAGGCGAGUUCUAUGCGGCGCGGCAUGGCGAAGGCACUCAACUCAAUGACACGCCAAUCCGAGUCAGUGGCCAGGAUAAACUCAAAAGUGCACUGGUGCUUCAGGAGUACAACUCGGAUAUGAGCGAAUACCGAACCUCGGGAGCCAUGGAGAAUGCCAAGCGGCUUAUCAAGAAGACACAAGCGUUGCGAACCAUUGGGUCUGCGGGCGUGGGCAUGGCAAUGGUCGCUUCUGGUGCCUCAGAUGCAUUUUACUUUUUUGGCCUUCACGUGUGGGAUAUGGUUGCUGGAAAUAUCUUGAUCACAGAGGCUGGCGGCACGGUAAUUGAUCCGGCUGGCGGUUCUAUUGAUAUUAUGUCACGUCGAGUUCUAGGAGCUGCCAGCAGGCCACUUGCACUGGCACUGUCUGCUGAAAUUGUACAGGAUUAUCCUAUACCAAGAGAUGAUGAGUCACUGGCUUCGCAGCCCCUCACAAGGGAUUUUAGUGCACAGACAGACUUUUCCGAGUCAAGUGAUGAGUUGGAAUCAGAUGGUUCAAGGGCGACAGCAUACCAUAAUGCUCAGUAAUCGAAAUCCUCAAUAAUUUAUUUCACCAAAAUUCAUGUUAUCAAGUAAAUAUUGCAGAACGAAAAGUACGUUAAUU